CAUUGAAAACACGUCACAUUCCCCAAAUAACAUAACCACAUCUCCUGUUUGUUCUGAUUAUUAUAUUUUUGUCCCGUAAUUUGUGAACAGUGAAAUCUCAUAUCUUUUAUACUAGAUUAAAUACUAAAUCAUAAAAGCAACACCAACGUCAACACUCGAAAAAAAAAUAAACAUCAAAGAAGGCGUCAGGGUAGAUGUGAGCUGUUUAGGGUGUACCUACAUGUGAUUAACCUUGGGCUUUGCUUGAGAGAAAAAUGACAGCUACCUACCACAUUGUUGGUGUUUUUCGUUCGGUGCGGAAGUUCUAAAUAAGUGGAAGCAUAUGUUGAAGGCUUUUUUAAAAUCUAGUUAAAAGCGGUAAAAAAAUAGCGGAGCUAUAACCUUCGAAACAGAGAAAGCACCAACAAUGGCAACCUGUUGUGUGCCGCAAUGCACUUCAUCGUCGACCAAAAUGGUGACAAGUUUGCCGCAGGAUGCGGAUCUGAAGACGCGCUGGAAACAAGCCAUUCAGGCGGGAACCGGUCAGUGGGAGGACCGAUACCAGAACGAUGAUGUCAUAUGUCGGCUUCACUUCAAGAGUCAAAUCAAGAACGACGGAAAACCUCAGUCCUCGGAGCCGUCGAGUGAUCACGAUUAUCAGGAGCCGACCAUAUUUGUAAGAAAUGGUAAUCAAAUUGAAGUGGCCAGCUGCUUCAUGUGCCAAACGUUUGAUACUACAAAAAGCAUGCACCAGGGCAACACUUCGUUGCGAUCGGACCAAAGAACUUUACGAAAUCUGGUGGAGAAAUAUUUUAGCUCGGUGACGUCCAAAUUGAGCGAAAACCAGGUAAUAUUCUUUUGUACGAACUGCCUUGUUAAUAUUGACAUAGUAAGUUCCUACAUGGCAAAGAUCGAUGAGGCUCGUCAACGGGCAGAGAAGCUCAGGGAAGCGAUGAAGAAGCACAAAGUGGAGUUCGAAGAUGUGCUUCUGGUUGAAAUCGACAUAGACGAGCAUGAUAAUAUGGUUUUAAACGAGGAAACCGGUAAAAUGGAGCCCGCAGUAACUGGAUCGGGUGACUCCCUGCAAGGGGAACAGGAUAGCCAGGACAAUGAACUGGAAUAUAUUACAAACGCAGAUACGGAUUCACCGCUCUUCUCUGAAGCUGACAGCACAGAGCCGGAGGAAGAGUUUUACGAAGAAUUACCGCUGCAAGUACAGAAUGGUGGCCACGAAUACCAACCUUCACGAUACUCACGCUACGAAAGAGCUUACGGUUCGAUAGCUUCAGUAACUUGUUACAUAUGUCGCGAAAAUUUAUCUACCAAGAGCGAUUUGACCUAUCAUUUGCGUUUCCAUCACCAAUUCGAGGUGUCCUAUGAGUGUGACUUGUGUCAGAAGGUUUCACCAACGAUCUACUGCUACAAUGCACACCUUUCAAAGCAUGAUGAGGCGAAAACGAUUAAACUUCAAAGCUGUAACCAUUGUGAAAUGCAAUUCCACACGGCUUUUCAACGGAAGAGGCACGAAACACUGCGGCAUGGCAUCUAUCAUGGUUUGAUGGUAGAACGAUCGAUUAGGGAGCGGAAUUAUAAUUGCAACCUGUGCCAGUCUCGGUUUCGCUCGUGGAUAGACCUCCGCAGACAUCAGAUACAAGCGCACAAACUGAAUAAAACAAAAUGCGAAAUUUGCAAGAAAAAAUUCAUUUCGCCUCAAAUGUUACUGAAACACCAGGAAAAAUAUAAGACAGCGUAUGGAUGUGAUCUGUGUGAUUUCUCGUGCCACGAAGAUACAGCCCUAGUCGAACACGUGGAAGACGAACAUCCAGAAAAAGUCCUCAAGUGUACAAGCUGUUCGAAAAACUUCGGCAAUCGAUCGCUGCUCGAACAGCAUAACAUUUCCCAGGCAAAAUGCCGCGGGAAGAUGUUUACCCUGGCCAGUAGACGAUUCCACGGCAAGGGUACGGUUGCCGUGUGCAAUCUUUGCAAGAUGGCUUUCGAGCGCUCCAAGGAAGUGGUAAGCCACUUCGACCGCAAACACCCGGAUGAGACGCUGGUGUGGUACACCUGCGACAAGUGUGAGGAGAUAUUUUUUACCAAGGACAGUCGGAAAACGCACAUGCGCAUCCACGCGGAUCGGUUCUGCUGCAAGGAAUGCGGAAAGCCCCACUACAAACUCAAGUGUUUGCAGUCCCAUUUGAGAACCGUGCACGGGAUAAUGGACCCGUUGGCUGGAGUUUAAUGUAGGUGCCACUGUAGCAAAUAGGAAGACAAAAAUUGUUGAAAAAAUAAACGGUAACUUUAA